CUCGGAGAUCAUCGCAGCCAAACUCCUCCCGACAUCACUUUUUCCGAGCAUCCAUCUCCCUUGAGCUCCCCGCCAUGUCAGACCGCAGUGCCUCUCGCGGGCGCUCGCGCACACCCGGACGCCCAGCGACGGCGGCCAGCGAAGAUGCGCGGCGGUCGAGAUCGCGUUCCAACGACCGCGCCAAUGGCCAGGACAACCGCAGUCCCAGUCGCUCACGAAGCCGCGAUCGAUCCAUGGCCUCUCGCAGCAGGUCUCGCACUCCUCGCAGCGCCCAGAGCGGCUCGCGUUCACCGGCCCCUUCACAGCCACGUUCGGCCAAAAUUGUCAUCGAGAAGCUCACCAAAAACGUCAACAUUUCACACCUGCGCGAAAUCUUCAGCACAUAUGGCGAAAUCUCCGACCUCGAAAUGCCCAUGAACAAACACUUCAUGACGAACCGCGGGAUAGCGUAUGUUCUGUACACACAGCCUUCUUAUGCAGAGGCAGCUAUUAGCAACAUGCACGAGGCACAGCUCGACGGCGCGUUGAUCAGCGUGAGCAUUGUUCUGCCGAGGAGGAGAUUCAGUCGCAGUCCGCCGCCAAUGCGUCCACCGCCAAACAGAUUCGGAGAGCCUCACAGAUUCAGAGAUGGCGCUCCGCCUGCACCGGGCAUGAGGGGAGGCAGGGGCGGCAGAUAUGGCAACCCACCGAUGAGCAGAGGAGGGCAUGGUGGAGGCUACAGAGAUCGUUAUGAGGAGCCACGGGACUCUUACCGCCCACGCAGCUACAGCAGGAGUCGGUCACCACCAGCGAGGAGAGGCAGAUCUCCAUCAUAUUCCGGGAGGAGCAGGAGUCCUAGUCGGACACCCCCACCGAGAGGCAGAGGAGGCCCUCCUCCCCGAGGCGGACGCGGUGGCGGACAUGGCGGGCGGCGGCGCAGUCGAAGCUACUCGAGCUACAGCAGUCGGAGCCGGAGCAGGAGCGCGAGCAGAGACCGUGGUCGGGGCAGAAGAUGAGCCAAAGGGCGAAGGAUGUUUAGAAGUCUUCAUUGAAAAGGACUUUAGCAACUGAGCAAUUUUGGGAAGAGCUGCGUUCCCAGCAUGUUUGUUCCUCCCGCCAGUCACGAUGGCCAGGUCGGUGGAGCAAAAGCGUGUAGGAUGGACAAAGUGGCACUGUGGGCGCGAGUAAGUCGCACCCCAAGGGACCGUUUGCGGUCUACUAAAUUGUACUAGAAAUCGUCAAAAUGCAAGCCAAGCAAGUGCAAGAUCAUUUCUUAAGCCAUUUCUCGCCAUGUUCGUUUAUUUUCACAAGAAGGCAGCCGAUUUCCCGUUCACCUACCAUUCAUCU